CGAUCGUCUCCUCGCUUCCGAGCCGACCGCGGCACCGUCACCAUGUCCCUGGCGGCUUCGGCGGGCCGGGGCCCGGGGGCCGUGUGGUCCCCAACGCACGUGCAGGUGACGGUGCUGCAGGCGCGGGGCUUGCGGGCCAAGGGCCCCGGGGGCACGAGCGACGCGUACGCGGUGAUCCAGGUGGGCAAGGAGAAGUACGCCACCUCGGUGUCGGAGCGCAGCCUGGGCGCGCCAGUCUGGCGGGAGGAGGCCACCUUCGAACUGCCGCCGCUGCUGUCCGACGGGGCCGCGGCCGCCGCCACCCUGCAGCUCACCGUGCUGCACCGCGCGCUGCUCGGCCUCGACAAGUUCCUGGGCCGGGCCGAGGUGGACCUGCGGGAGCUGCACCGGGACCAGGGCCGCAGGAAGACCCAGUGGUACACUUUGAAAUCCAAACCAGGAAAGAAGGAUAAAGAGCGAGGAGAAAUUGAGGUUGACAUCCAGUUUAUGAGAAACAACAUGACCGCCAGCAUGUUUGACCUCUCCAUGAAAGACAAGUCCCGCAAUCCAUUGGGGAAACUGAAGGACAAGAUCAAGGGGAAGCAUAAGGGAAGCACGUCAGAUACUGCGUCAGCCAUCAUGCCCAGCAUGACACCCUCCGCUGACAGUGAUGAUGAGUCUCCUUCCAAAGACAAGAAAAAGAAAUCGAAGAUCAAGACCCUGUUUUCCAAGUCGAGUUUGCAGAAGACGCCACUUUCCCAGUCGAUGUCUGUCCUGCCCACUUCAAAGUCAGACCGAGUGCUGCUUCGUCCCGGAGACUUUCAGUCGCGUUGGGAGGAUGAUGACCAGGAGAAUGAAUCCUCCUCGGCCUCGGAUGUUAUGUCUCACAAGAGAACAGAGAGUGCAGAUGCUAAGCAACUGAACCAGAUCAAUUUCAACCUUCCCAAAAAGGAAGGACUCUCCUUUCUUGGCGGCCUUCGGUCUAAGAAUGACGUCCUUUCUCGCUCUAAUGUCUGUAUCAACGGGAACCAUGUUUACAUGGAGGAGCCGGAAGCCAAGAGUGAGACCAAGGACAGCACCCCCUCCUCUUCCCCAUCCCCCCAGGGCUUCAGGAAGAAGCAUCUGUUCUCCUCCACCGAGAACCUGGCUCCUAGGUCUUGGAAGGAGCCUGGGGAUGGAGGGGCGGUGUCUUCCGACAGGCGGUUUUCUGAGUCUUCCACAAAGGACUCUCCGAAAUCCAUGUCUCUGCCGACCUACCGGCCGCAGGGCAGUGGGGCUGUUCGGGAGAACACGGCUUCGGCGAGCUUGGAAGCUGCAAAAGAAACCAAAGAGAGCAAGAAGCAGGAGAACAAGAAGUCCUCUUUGCUUUCUCUGGUGACGGGAAAGAAGGACGUGGCUAAGGGCAGUGAGGGUGGAAGCCCGCCUACCAUCCCAGGGAAGGAGAAGGAAGGCACGCUGAUGGAAGUCCAACCAAGGGAGGACCAGCCAGGGCCUGACGAAGACCUAGUGAAAAGCUCUGAGAAGGACACUCUGGCUGUCGUCUCUGGAUGGGGUAAAUCCCUGAAUCCCUUUGAGGAAGUGACGAUCACAGAACCGGAAGCUGACCGAGAGCCCAAGUCAGAACCUGCACCAGCUGUCAGCUCUGCAAGGGCUCCACAGACCAAAGCUGUCAAGCCUCGACUGGACGUGUCUCCAGAGGCUCAACCCACAGCCAGGCUUCCUUCUUCCCCUGACUCUCCUCUCUUCUUCUCUGCUCUUUUUUCCAGUUCUGGCCACACACCAGUCCCUUCUAAAUCGGGGCAUGAUGCAGACACACCGUCCUCUGAAUCUCCUUCUGUCUUCUCUUUCUCAUCUCCCAUAGCGCCUCCCAUUUCCACCUCCACGCCGGUUGAGAGCUGGCCUUCCACAGACAAGGGCCAGGCCCGUCCUGAAGAGCCAUCUUUGCUCCUUAAGGCCGAAUUGCCAAGGGAGAGUUUAACACAAGUUCCAAAGACUAUUUCCGGUGCCUCGGGGUCACUUUCCAAAAAGCUACCCACUCCAGCUUGUAAAGGGACGGAAGAUUCUCCCACGAGGAAGACCGGUGAGGUAGGCCCAGAGAGCACCAUCGGUAGUGACUCAGAAAAGUCUCUCCUGAAGCAUCCUGAAAUGGGGCACCAGGGGGAAGAUCUGGGGUUUCCCCCCUACGUCCCUUCAUCUCAGGAGACCCAAGAAAUAACAUUCACCCUUUCACUCAGAAGUGGGCAGACUGAAAGCCCAGCAGGGAGGCCUCCAAUGGGGGCAAACACAGACUCGGAGAGUCUGUCUGCGUCUUUUGGGGAGAACGGGCUUCAGGAAGACAGUAUGACUUCUGCCAUGAAGGAAGUGGCGCCCCCUCUUCAGAUGGGAGAAUCGGCUCCCCCUCUUGGCUCCGUGAUGCAGAGACACGGAGAGAAUGUGGGCGAGAGCCGAAAGAAAAUCAAGAAGCACGUGUCAUUUUCUGAGCAGCUCUUUACCCAAGAGGAGCUAGAGAAGUCCGCCAGGCCGGUGGAAGAAGACAGAGGUGAUCCCCAGGAGCUGACGCAUGAAGGAGCCGCUGCUGGAAACGUGUCAGACCGCGAGCCUGCUGGGUCUCUCCACGCAGAGGACGCAGAGAAGGCCGCCAUGUCCCCACCCGGGCGCGCGAAGUGUGGUGUGCCGGCUUCCGAGGCAGACGCCCUUCCCCGCCCCUCAUGCGAGGAGAGCGUCUCAGAAGGGUCCGUGAGUGAAGCAAGCUCAGGGAAGGACAUUCCCCUCUUGAGGAUCGAGCCAGACGAUAUACUUACGGCUCAAAAUCAGAGCAAAGCCAGUGAUCACGAAGGUUUAUCGUCCAGUCCCCUGAGUGGCCUUCACUCUACCCCAGGUGUGAACUCUCCAGUCAUGGCUGAUCUGGGCUUAACCCUUCCUUCCAUUCCUGAGGUGGCAUCGGAUGAUGAGAGAGUGGAUCAGGUUGAAGACGACAGAGAGACAGCCCAGGUGGCGGCCCUGGAAGGAGGGCCUUUUUCCUUGAGCCUGUGCCCUGCCCGUCCUGAGAGGGAAAAGGGGCCGAGGGGCGAGGCAGACGGGUGGGCGGCGCCUGUGGAGAGCCCGCCUGACCUCAGGUCAAAAGCACCCAAAGCAUCUACUGCAGCCUCCUCAGGGCCAACUGCAGCUUCAGGAAUUCACAAACCAGAUCUUGGCAAGGGCUCACGCUUGGAUAAACGGCUGCCAGGUCCUGGCGGUGGCGAGAAGGAAAAGCUGAUGGGAAAUGGGAGGCCAAGCCAGCCUCCUGAUAGGGCCCUGGAUUCUCCUAUAUCCAGCCCCUCCUUUUCUGAGACCUUUCCUGUUACACACUCUUCCCCUAGCUACCCACACACUGACACUCACCCCACCGGUACAGCAGAAUCUCAAAAAAAAGCAACAGCAGAGGGCUCCGCUGGUAAGGUGGAAAAUUCUAGCAAGAGGAAGCCGCUUCUUCAGGCCUGGGUCUCACCCUCAGAGACACAUCCAGUGUCAGCUCAGCCGAGCGCGGGAACGGGGUCAGCCAAGCACAGACUCCACCCCGUGAAGCCAAUGAACACAACAGCCACCAAGAUUGCUAACUCCAGCUUGGGCACCGCCACCAUCAUCAGUGAGAACUUGAUCAAUGAGACCAUGAUGAAGAAAUACAACCCCUCGGACCCUGCCUUUGCUUACGCACAGCUAACCCACGAUGAGCUGAUCCAGUUGGUCCUCAAACAGAAGGAGACGAUAAGCAAGAAGGAGUUUCAGGUUCGAGAGCUGGAAGACUACAUUGACAAUCUGCUCGUCAGGGUCAUGGAGGAAACCCCCAACAUCCUCCGUAUUCCGGCUCAGGUUGGCAAAAAGGCAGGAAAGAUGUGA